GAAUCUGUUAAUAAAAUACAAAUGGAAAAUACAGAAGUUGAAAAUAUACAUGAAGAACUCAAGCUAAAAAGGGAGAUUUUAUGUGUAACAGACAAAGAUCCCAGCACUUAUGGGUAUAGAAAAGAUUUUGAAAAAAAUUUAUACGUUGAGUUCAGAUACGGCCCCACAAAAUUCUGAACAAUGGAUUUUGGAAGAUUCAUUAAGCUUAACUUCCAUGACUCUGAAGAGCAAGGCUUUGACUUUGAGAUUUCUAAAGACAAAUUUAAAAGAAGAAGAAAUAAGUACCAGAAUAGCUUUUAUCAGAUUCAAAAUAUCACAGAACUCAGAAUGAGAGCUGAUAGAAGUAAUCAGAAUUUGUGGUUUAGAUACCUUGGCCUUGGUGCAUUAAAGAUGGUCUCCAAGGUCACCAAACAACUGACUUUCAGCUCCAUCAAGUUCUCUUCCAAGAGUCUAAGCCUACUCUUCACCAGCAUUGUCGAUCUCAAGAACCUGAACCUGGAACAGUGCACCCUCGACUUGUCUCAUCUCAGACUGCCGAUCAAGCGCGAGAUUGGUCUGGAGGCGAUGACCAUUUGGGAGUGCUUCUUCACUCAGGACGAGCCCAAGAUGAGCAUGGAGGAUCUGGAGAUAUUGCUGAAGUUUUUGGCCAAUCAUCAAUUUGGAAAGCUCAGACUUCUUACUCUUCAGAACCACCACUUCGGAUUCUUUGAUCUCAAAAAAUCGAUGAUCAAAUGUCUUGGAAUCACUAGCAAACUGAAAGUGGAUAUUCCAAAACCCAAGAAGUUUGGGCAUAAUGCUUUUGGAUGUGUAGUGUUUUAA